GCGGGAGGCUUUUAAAGGGAACGGAGUCGCCUCGCCGCGGGCAGUGGAGCGGAGUGGUGCGCUGACCAUAGACACAGUACCACGCACUGCGCGCAGCCAUGAGGAGCGCUUUGUCAACCCUCCUGCUCCUGGCCCUCGCCGUCGCGGCCGCAGCGGACGAGGAUACCAUGGGGGAGUCUGAACGGAAUAUGAUGCGUGCUUGUGCUGCUGCCGUUGCAAAGAACCUGGAGGCUCCAUCUACUUCACCAGACAAUGAAUCUCCACAAGCUAAUGGAAACGGUAUAAUACCCAAGAAAACAUUGAAGUUGAUGAUGUGCCUUUUUCGCGGGUACAACGUCUUCAACGAAGAUAAUAAUGGAUUCAACCAGAGCAAUUUCAGAAAAUUCCUGCAAAUUGAAUUUCCGGACAACUCCAUUGUUGAAGAAAUAAGCGACACGUGCUCAAAAAAAGUGGAAUCUUCUGGCCUCUCUGACAUCGAAGAAAGGACUGUCCUUCUUCUCAAUUGCAUCGUUGAAGUUGAAAGGCGAAACAAAACACAUAGUCAUUAAUGACCUAUUGUGUGCUUAAAUAUUACUCUCUACGUACCAAAUUGUGGAUAAAAUGUAAUUGUAUACAAUAGUGAGUCGUGCGCACUUUAAUCAAUAUUUUGAUUAAACAAAAUGGCGAGGGUGCAAUAACUCUGGGAAUCAUGUGUACACACCGGCCCGGGAAUCACCGGGAAUCAAUGAGAAUCACGGCGUAAAUCAACGGUAAUCAACGAGAAUCAUGACGGGAAUCGAUGGGAAUUAACGGGAAUCAUGGAUUCCGGGAAUCAUGUGUACACUUGAAUUCGGAGUUAUUGCCCCCUCGCCGCCCCUCGCAAAAUGGAAUCAUCUCUGCUCUGAUAAAAAAAUUAUAUUACCAUUUUUGUAUGAAUUUUGAAGCUUGUGGGGGUUGAAUCUUUAUUUACCGUGUACUCGGCAAAUUAAAGCUCCAGUCCAGUUGGAAAGAAAA